AUGUCUCAAACAGCCAAAGUAACUUUAGUAUCAGCAUUAAUACUUACCAUAGGAACAGUUUGGGGUGUUCACUAUUUACAAAGAAAAGAACGAGAGUUUAUGCAUGCAGGAAUAUUAAGAGAAGAGGAGCAAAAAUCCAAAAAAGAAAUCAUGGAAAAAAAUAAAUUGGAACUUGAAAAACAAAUUAUGUUACAACGUGAAUAUGAACAAAUUCAACCAGUACUAAAAAACAACAAUAAUGAUAAUAACAUUAAAUAA